AUGAACAAUUUCGUCGAGACUGCGGCUGCUGCCACUGAAGCAGCAGGCGUGCGGGCAGUGGCCCUAGCACUGCUCGUCACAGUGGCGUUCAGCUUCGCAUUUUUCUACAUGAUGCGUUGGGCAGCGUCGGCGUCGUCUGCCGAACGGAGACGGAGAUCAACGCGACACCAGCGCGGAAAUGAUGGUGAUGGUUUCACACCAGCGUCCAAGCAAAAAAAAUCAACGUCGGCCGCGGUCCAACCAAAGAAGAAAAACAACAACAGCAAAAAUGUCGGUAUCCGUCUGCAGGCGUCCGCUAGCACCAACACCUCAGCGGUCGCGGGUGCUACCGGCCAAACCGGUUGGAACGGUUCCGGCAAUACAGUGAACAGUAAAAACGGCGAUAAGAAGAAGAAAAAGACCGACGUUGACGUUUCCGCCACUGACAAUGCGACUACAACGUCCGCCGGUCAUCGCGGUGCCAACAAGGCAUCAGAAACUGCGGCGGUGGUCGCUGGCAACGGUCACACGGCCGUUGCAGACCGUUCCAGCGAGCGGAACCGUCGGGCUCGGCGCCAACGGCAGCAACAGGAGCAGUCCCGUAGUGGCGGUGAGAGUUCGACCAACAGUGGCGAUUACAACAUGGCGCCAGGGACCGCAGCUGCCACUGAAAACGACGACCAUCGUCGACGCUCGUCGUCCUGGUCGUCGCACAGCCUACACGCCGACGAAGAAAACUUGGUCGUGGACGACUCUGCAGCCACGUACAACGAUGACGAGGAUCAGGGCGAAUGGAUUACAAUGACUAGCGGCAGCAGUGGUGCCAAUUCUGUCACUGUUAUUAACAAUAGUAGCAGUGAUUUAAAUAAGAAAAAACAGAAUCAACGGCGGGAGGAUAACAUUGUUAUAUCUGUUUCAACUAAACUUGAACGUCGACGGCUUCAACAUGAGAAAGAGCAGCGACAUGAAAAACAACAACAAGAAGAGAUUCAGCGACAAGAGAAGCAACAAAAUCAAGAAAAGGAGCAUCAACCAGAGAAGCAACCGCAAAAGGAGAAAAACCAACAACGGCGUGACAAGCAGCUGCCGCAACAGCAACCGCCACAACGGCGGCGUGAUAAGCCAUCGCAGCUGCAAAUCACUGCACCUGCUAUCAACGACAAUAUCGCUGCUACAAGUGCACCAGCAAAGGCAGCGGUUGCGACAGAAAAACAACCGCAGAGUCGCCGAGAUAAUGAUUUCAAGGUUGAGAUCGACGGAGCAGAAAAACGUUUGCGUGCAGAGUAUGACGCUUCGGUGAAAAUGUUACGAGCGGAACAUGACAAAGAGUCUAAGGUUUUGCGUGCAGAACAUGAAACUACGACCAAACGUCUGCGUGUGGAAAACGAGAAUUUACGAGCUAAAAAUAGUUCGGUAGCCGAGCGUUUGCGUACCGCAGAACGGGAGACAGCGGUGACAAAACGACUGCGAGUGGAGCACGAUGCAGCGGUGAAAGCAUUGAACACGGAACGUGAAGUCCAGCUGGCAGCAUUGCAGGCCAAGCAUGAUACUAUGAUGAAUGCAUUGCGCAUGGAACUCGAGAACCUGCGGCAGACCACGUCUCAGAGUUCGCUAGUGGCUCACAAGGCUGUUGUGGAAGCGACACACAUUGAUGAUGUGACGGCACUCCAAGAUUCUAGCGAGGACAACAAGAAUCUAAAUUGCUCAGACAACGAGGCCAACGCGCUCCGGAAUCUCUACGAGAAAAACGUUAAACUUUGCAAUGAGCAGGAGGCAGAGAUUCGGAUGCUACGUGAGGAAAAUGAGAAUCUUCGCAAAGACCACGAGGCUGUAAUUCGAGGUCUACGCGAGGAGAACGAGAACCUGCGCACGAAACAUGAGACUUCAAUGAAGAAUCUCUGGACUGAGCAUGAAACAGUAAUUGAAGGUGUGCGUGCAGAAAAUGAAACUGUCCAGCGAUCCGCCAUGCAAAGUCUACGAGCGGAUCACGAGGCUAGGGUUGGUGCUUUACAAACUGAGCACGAAACCUUGGUCCAAAAAUUACGCAAUGAAAAUGAUGGAUUGCGCCAACGACAAGAAACUACUAUGCAAAGUAUGCGGGAGCUCAAAGAUCAUAUGCGUACUGAGCACCAAAAUGAAGUCCGUGGUAUGCGUGUAAAAAAUGAGAAUAUGGUCAAAGAACACAAGAUCGCAAUCCUUGGUCUAAAUGAGGAAAAAAAAUUACUACAGAGUAAGUACGAAGCAGAGGUUAAAGAAUUGGAAGCGAAAAUUUUGGUUUUGCUUAAGCACAAUGAAGAUCAAUGUAAUGAUGCCGAAACCAUUAUAAGAAGUCUUCGAGUAGAGCAUGCGACCGCUAUGAAGGUGUUACGAGAUGAGCACGAGGCUGCGGUGGAAGUAGUACAUCGUCGCGCUCAGCGUGAUGCAUCAUUGAUUGAGGAAUUGCGUGAGCAACAUCGAACUGAAGUUGAGAGGCUCAAGUUUCUACUUUCUGAGGAGGAGCAAUGCCGUAUCGCUAAAGCAGUGCGCCCGCAGACAUCAAACGAUCACGGUGAUACCAUAGAAAAUUUAAACACUCAAAACAAUCUUCUGGAAUCCAAAAUAAUACAUUACAAGAAGAUCAUUACUGAUACGGAACAAAUGCUGAACCGGUUGCAUAGGCACAUGGAAUGCGAAGAUUCAAGGUGGUCAUCUUAUGCGGAAAACCUGCAGCAACAGUUAGACGUAGCACUAAGUAAGUUGAAUGCCCGCAAUCUACAAAGGAGUCAAGACAACAGUGAAAAUGAAAACUAG